UCCGCGAAGGUCGGGACGUCGUGAGCUCGCGCGCGCGCGUUGGGGAGGCUCUCCUUCGCACCGGAGCCCCUGGUUAUUAUUAUUUUAUUUUUUUCAUACAUUGGCAGUACGUCGUCGGCUACAUUUUGUCCACCUACUUCCGAAAAAAAAAAAACUUAACAAAAUUAAAUAUCCUUAAUAAUUUUUGAACCUCCCCGACGGGGAACCGCUGGAAGCUACUGACUUCCACUGUUCCGUCAGCAGAUCCAGUUACUCCCAACGAGGUCCGCUCGAUCCCCCCCCGGGAGAGGAACCGGGAUGACGCGCCGCCCAAAGGACGCAGCGAGGAGCCAAUGAGAUGCGAGUGCGCGUGAACUGCACCUCCAUACUGGCCGACAUACGCUUCCUCCACGGUGGAUCGAGAUGGGGAAAGGUUGACGCGAUCGGAGAGACAUUGUCGCGACGCUCGUAAUCGGGGGAAUCCCGAGCCGAUAAGACAUCGUUUAGUUUCUUUUUUUUUUCGACGAUGCAGUGGACGUAAAACAAACGGAAAAAAAAAACUUUGAUGUUGAAACAUGUUCCGUGUUCUUUUUUUUUUUAUUGCAUAGCUUUCAUAAGGGUUAGGUUAUGUUCGAUAGGUCUUAACGAGGAACAGAAACUUGAACAUUCUAACAUAUAUCAUUUUCAAAGCCUAAGAAACUAAUCUUGUAACAACAAUUUUAUGUCGCCUAUUUACCCGUGGUUCUAAUGUGUUAAAAAGAGUGUACAAAUUUUAUUACACGUUAAGAAAAAAUAUUAAAGACUCAACGUAAAUUAUUUUGGAAACAUUACCUAUAGAUAUCACUAAUCAUAUGUUUCUUGUAAUUAAAUGUGUCGUAAUUCUCUCUUGUUCUGCCUGACUUUUGACUCGUACACGCUUUACAGAGGUUCAGAAAUUUUUUAAUUAAAACCGGUGCGGUGUGGUUUUUUUUUUUGGUGCAAGGUACAGGAACUGAAUCGCCGAAGAGGAAAGGGGGUAGGAGAGGAAGAGGGAAAACGCAAGAAGGGGGAGAGAAUCGCCCGAAGAUAAAGGCGAAGGGGAAAACGGCGAUCGUGGAAAAGAGAACUCGGGACUGUUUAAGGCCCGUGCGGUUUAAGGGGAUUCGGCCUGAGUUGUGUGUCCGGUUAGGGUGACGGGAGAGGAGAGAGACGCGGCUCUCGGGGCAGGUCCGACCUUGAGGCCCGCGCGCGCCGCGUGCAAGGAGGAAGAAGAGAAGGGGGUACGAGGGGUACUCCGGCGCCCAACCAGGAGCCCCCGGCGGGCGAUGCCCGACCAAGCCCCGCCGCCGCCGCGGGAAGGAUGACCCCGCGCGCCCUCCUCGCCGACAUGACCCCUGCCUCGCUGCUGCUGGUGCUGAUCCUCCUCGCCGCCUGCGCCGCGGCGCUACGCGUGGACGCCGGCGAGUCCUUCCUGUCGUCCGAGUCCACGACGGAGGAGCUCAUCACCGAGCUGGACAAGCCAAUUCCCGUGGUGGACGUGCAGGGGGUGCUCGGCAAGAAGACCAUGCUGCCCUGCGACAUCGCCCCCAGGGACCGCGACGACCACGUGCACAUGGUGCUGUGGUUCAAGGAGGCCGACGGCGAGCCGCUGUACAGCUUCGACGUGCGCGGGGGCCGCAACUUCGGCAAGGCGAAGCUGUGGUCGUCGCCGACGGCGUUCGGCCAGCGCGCCUACUUCCGCACGACGUCCAGCCCGGCGCAGCUUCUCGUGGACGACCUGCGGCUGAGCGACGAGGGCGUCUACCGCUGCCGCGUCGACUUCCGCGACUCGCCCACGCGCAACCUCAACAUCAACCUCACCGUCAUCGUUCCGCCGGAGAGGCCGGUGAUCUACGACGCGAAGCGCCGGGACCGAACCAAGAUCCUGGAACCGUACAACGAGGGCAGUGACGUCACCCUAGUGUGCGAGGUGACGGGCGGUCGGCCCAAGCCCAAGGUCACGUGGUUCCUGGAGAACACGGUGAUCGACGACUCGUUCGAGGUGCGCGCCGACGGCGUGACGGCCAACCACCUCAACUUCCCGAACGUGGGCCGCCAGCACCUGCACGGCCGCCUGGUGUGCCAGGCGUUCAACACGGCGCUCGCGCCGCCCGCCUCCAAGGUCGUCGUGCUGGACAUCAACCUGAAGCCCGUGUCGGUGCACAUCCUCACGAAGGAGAAGCAGGUGUCGGCGGAGCGCAAGUACGAGGUGGAGUGCCGCAGCGCCGGCUCGCGGCCCGAGGCCAUCAUCACCUGGUGGAAGGGCAGCCGCCAGAUCAAGAGGAUCACCAAGACGUUCUCGGAGGACGGCGGGCAGAAUCUCAGCAUCCUGAGCUUCGUGCCGGUCAUCGACGACGACGGCAAGUACCUGACGUGUCGCGCCGAGAACCCAGCCAUCCCCGACAGCGCCCUGGAGGACAAGUGGCGUCUCAACGUGCAGUAUAUGCCAGUGGUGACGCUUAAAAUGGGAUCCAGCCUAAAUCCGGACGACAUCAAGGAGGGCGAUGAUGUUUAUUUCGAGUGCAACAUCAGAGCCAACCCCAAGCCUUAUAGGCUGGCUUGGUACCACAAUGGGCGCGAGAUGCACCACAACGUGUCGGCGGGAGUGAUCCUGAGCGACCAGAGCCUCGUGCUGCAAGGAGUGACCAAGCACUCGGCGGGCGAGUACACGUGCCUCGCGGCCAACAUCGAGGGCAAGGGCUCCAGCAACCCCGUCAUGCUGCGGGUCAUGUACGCGCCCGCCUGCCGCGAGGAGCGCGAGGAGCUGCUGGGCGCGCUCAAGCACGAGACGGUGUCGCUCAAGUGCGAGGUGGACGCGAACCCGCCGCCCGCCAGCUUCCACUGGACCUUCAACAACUCGGGCGACCUGGCCGAGGUUCCGGCGUCCAAGUUCACAGCGUCGGGCGGCGUGUCGCGCCUCAACUACACGCCGGCCUCCGACAUGGACUACGGCACGCUGGCGUGCUGGGGCAGCAACGCCGUGGGGCACCAGCGGGCGCCGUGCAUCUUUCAGGUAGUGGCCGCAGGCCGGCCGUUCCCGCUGGUGAACUGCUCGGUGGCCAACCAGACGGCCGACUCGCUGCACGUGGAGUGCGCCGAGGGCUUCGACGGCGGCCUGCCGCAGAGCUUCCUGCUGGAGCUGCUGGAGCUGCCCGGGCUGAGGCAGCGCUUCAACGUGACGGUGGCGCGCGGCCCGCCCGUGUUCGACGUGUUCGGCACCGACCCGGGCGCCAGCUACCGCGCGCGCCUCUACGCCGUCAACGCCAAGGGGCGCAGCGAGCCCGUUUUCAUAGAGCCCGUCACCUUCAAGGGCGUCGCCAAGUUUCUGGGCCCGUCGGCUCCGGCCCCCGCCAGUCCCGUCCUAGUAGCGCUGCUCGCCACCGCGGCGGCUCUGGCGCUGCUCGUGUGCGCCGUGGUGGCGGCCCUGUGCCGCCGCUACCGCCGCCGCCUGCGCGCGCGCCGCCCCGAUAAGCCGCGCGCCGCCCCCCCGCCACCCCACGGAGACGCCUCCUCGGGGGCGGCCGCGGGGGUGGGGGCGGGCUGCGCCGGCGCCGUGGACGGCGGCUGCCCCUGGGUGGACCACAGCACGCCGCUCAACCCGGCCGCCGCCGAGGACACCGACCCCGACAUCAUACCGACCAAGUAUGAGCGACGGCCGCUGAAGGGCUUCAUGAAGAUGUACAAGACGCCGCCGCAGCGGAGACGGCGGAAGAGCGCCGCCGGAGGAGAGGAGGAGGAGGAAGAAGACCAGGCGGACAACUCGCACGACGAGGGGACGCGCCGGUGCGACCACCACGUGGUGGACAGCAAGGCCCAGCUGAUGUCCAACAGCACGCCGCUGCUGCGCGCGCACAAGGGCGUCGCGACGCCCAGCCCGCUGUCCGAGGUGGCGUCGCUCGCGUCGCUGCAGGACAAGCUGGCGUCUGGCGCCGUCACCACGUCGCCGAGGAUGCAGGAGAGCUGCAUCUAGCGCCCCACUCUCUCUCUCCCCUCGCGCCAACCAAAACCACAACUCACCUCUCCGAACCAGAAACAACUCUUGCUUGUUUGUACUGUACAUAACGCCCCAGUGUGGAAUCCAUGGAACUCAUUGAAUAAACUGUUUUAAGAUCGUGUUCAA